AUGGGAAAGGGGAAAGGGAAGGGCAAGAGACAAGUUUCCCCAGCACCAUCGAUAUCCCAGUCAAGCAUUGACGCAAGCACCGAGGACUUCCAUAACAUCGUUAGUUUCAUGCAAGAUUCAGUGAUACAGGAGUUUGAACUUGCCGCUAAUCUCAUGGACCUCAAACCAACCUCUCGGGCAUCGGACGACUUUAAGAAAUGGCGGUGUAGGCCCAAUGUUCAUCAGGGGGCGCACCUAGGCGAUAUUAUCUGGAGGUAUGGAAACAGCUUUAAUCUCAAUGUGCUUCACUUUGAGGAUAAGCACCGCCAGUUCAAGAAAUGGGCGGAAGCAUCAAAUGGAAGAUCUGUCGAACGGACUUUGAUACAGCGGGAGUGCGUUAAUGCUUCGCUCCGGCUUCUCCUCCAAGGUGCCUUUGAGCACACAGAUCCAAAGAUAUCGAUGAGGAUUAAGAUCCUCCACAAAAGGUGCCCUGGCCUUAUGAGCCAUAUCCUGCCUUCUCUUGAGCAGCCGGACAUAGUCGAAGAGAUGGCUCCUGAUGUCCUCCUAGAUGCAAAACACAUCCGGCCAAGAGCUACACGUUGUGUUUCGCGGGCCUUUGUUAAAAACGAGCUUGACCUGCCGCUGUAUAUCAAAGGCAUCCCAGAACACCAUCCGUUUGUUUGCCAGCUCCGGGAGGCAUACUCCAAAGAUUAUCAAAUGCCAUACAUCACAAGUCUUGGCGAUAUGGCAGUUGAGUGGUUUAGCCAGCUUGGCUUUACAGAUCCAGUGUCCCAGCGCCGCAUCAAUUCCGAGGCCGGAAACUCUUUCGUUGCUCGUGGCAGUACUAUUUGCCCCUUCGACCUCGGCUUCAUACAUGAGCGAAUCCCAGGUGAGAAACGCCUCUUUGUCAUUGUUACUGAAUUAGAAGAUUGCGGUGAAAAGGACAAGAUGGUUAUGCUACCAUUAAUGAAGAUCAAGGACUCAACCCAGAUCAUCGUUGGCCUCCCAGCAAUUGGCAGCAAGCCACUUUAUAUUAUCGACACAGAUUCGACAAGAAGGAACGAGCCGGCGCCAUUUGCAAAGGGCAGCUUGAGAUUGAAUAACACAGCAGGCCAUUCAGAGCCAUAUGCCUCAGAUAUGCCAAACCAUUCGCCGGAGCUGAUUUACUGUUGGUGGAACAUUGGGUUGAUGUAAGCAUGGAGCACUGGUGGCAUGGGGAUACUUCAAGAAUAUCAGC